UUUCGUGUUUAUUCUUUAUAUCAUAAUGUUCAAGAACACUUUGUGUUCAAUGUUCAUAUUUUUAUUAUAUGAAAGAAGAAAUUGCAACCGGUUAUUUGGAAUGCAUGUAUACUUUUGAAAACUGUUUUUCGGAGGGUUAUAGUUAAUUUCGGAACUCUAAAGAUUGUUCGUGUGUUUUCAGGAUAAAAUCUGUUCCGAAAGUCCAUUGUUUACUUCCGCCUCCACGUCAUUCCUGCAGCGGUGUGUCUCGGAUGAUGACACUGACGCUAAAUUUAGAACAACAUCCUCUACGAAAUCGGCAAUAGCGAUAAGGAAUGGAACUUUGACAUUGAAAUAACAUUAUUUGCACAUUAAUUGUGCCACCACUGAUGCUAUUUUAAACACUUGAACACUUCAGGAUGAACAUGUUUUGCUAACUGACAUUGGCAACCGACGUAAACAGUUAUAUUUCCUGGUCGAUAGGUUCCGUGUAUUGCACAAGAGGACUGGCAGGGCUUUUCCAGUCGAAGCUUAUAUACCCCGAUACACGUGGAGGUUUUGACGAAGGAAGAAUUUAUGUUUUGGUCGAUGACGUGUUCUGGUGUGACGAUAGGAAAUCCACGAACGUGAAAUUGCAUGGACAGAAUAUACGCAUUACAGUAACACUGUAAACAACAAAGAUGGCGGUCAAAUCUGACCCCAACCAAGUUUUGGAUUUGCUUUUUAAUGACGAUGAUGGUCUCCUGAAAUAUGAAGUGCCAGGGAUACAGACCGUAGACUUCUCAGAACUAGGACUUUUCUCGGAGGGAGAUGGUGAUCUGCUGGAAAGCGUACUUAAGGAAGCAAAUCUAGGGGACCUUGACACUGAUAUAGAUAUUGACCAACCUCAAAAGAAAAGUUUUUCCUCCCACACCGACCAUGAUUAUUAUGCCCAGCGAUCACCAACAAACAGCGACAGUGGAGUGUCUCUAGAAUCCAGUGCUUACUCACCACAAAGCUUUGGUGAUGAACAAUUACAGAACAGUCCAAAAGAAUAUUAUUUGUCAGACUCUUCAACGAACAUGACAACAGACUUCAUGGAUAAAUUAGAACAUAGUCCUCUGGCUAUGGAGGAUAUGGACAUGAAAGAUUUUAACAUGGACGGUGUUGAUGAUUUAGAAACAUCAGGUCUUCUCAGUGAACAAGACUUCUUAACUUGUAUCAAAAGUCAACAAACGAAAGACAAUGAAGCUGUGACCAUUAGUUUAGAUGACCUAAAUAGUUCGGGAUCAGGUUGUGGCAAUACUGUCCGUAUCAUUAAAGUCACCACCAACCAUACAGAUGGCCUCCCAUUCACCAUGAAGGAUAUCCACACCAAAACUACAAAGUUUCCAGAGUUGCGGCUCUCUGAUGAGGAGAAAGAUUUGCUGGCAAAGGAAGGGGUCCAACUACCAACAGACAUGCCACUCACCAAAGAGGAAGAGAAGAUUCUAAAAGCUGUCCGUAGGAAAAUUAGAAAUAAAGUGUCGGCCAAAGAGAGCAGAAAGCGAAAGCAGGGAUAUGUUGAGGGUCUUGAGAAGAGGGUUAAAAUGUCCACUUCGGAAAAUCAACAACUAAAAAAGAAGGUCGAGAGCCUCGAAAACCAUAAUCAAACACUUACACAGCAGCUGAAAAAACUACAAUCAUAUAUUUUAUCUAAGGCGAACAAGCCACAAACAUCUACAUGUAUUAUGGUGUUGGUGUUAUCCUUUGCUUUCAUCAUUGUGCCGAACUUCAGUCCUUUGGGAAAGAAAGACGGCCUGGAAGCUAGGAAUAUCCCUAUGGCUGGUAAGUCGAGGAGUCUCCUACAUAAUUCCGGAAAUGAUAUUGAGCCCGACCUUGAUGACCCCUAUGGUAUUCAAGUAUCUGUGAAGCCCGGACCUCCAUGGGAAAUACCACCCAAAACACCAGCUGUGAAAAUUCCAUCACACGCUCGUAAUUCUUUAGAGUAUGAAAUGGACCAAUCAGAAGAGGUCAUGGACAAUAACAAAAUGGCCGACACAUACAGUGAGGCAGAUACUGAGACAAUUGCGAACAAAUUUACAGAGAAAAAUGAUACACAGUUGAAAUUUAAAGGAUUACAUAAUGCUAAUGAUGAAAUGUGAGGUUUUUAUGGAAGUUAAAGUAUGAUAGUGUUUUGAAAGAUUGACUGUGUGUCAUGUGAAGGUGCAUGUGGAUUUAUCAUUGUGAAAGGAUGUAGUGUGUAACACAGAUUAAAUUAUAUUCAUUCUCAUUGUUUUCUUGGCUGCUGUAUCCAGUCACAAAACAUUUUGUACAUUAGAUUUCUAAUAUGAUCAUACAUCGGGAAUUCUUUAUGAUGGAGAACUGUAAUCUACAGCUGGCCAUUUGGAAGAAUUUUGUUACUAAAAUGGAGCUCUUUCAACAUAUGGAAACCAGAAAUAUUUAGUUAAGCAUGAUUAACAAAAGGUUAAAUGUGCAUUUUCUAUUUUCAUUAACUUAUUAAAACCCUGGUACCUACAGUUAAUGUACAUAGUACACUAUAAUGCAGCUGGUAUGCAUAUUAGUGAAUAUUUAUUGCUGUAGUCCCAUUGACUUACAUAUGAAUUAGUGUCAAGGUUCUCUGGAAAAUAGAACCAUGGGCAUGGGUUGUGCUCCUUUUAGAAAGGAACAAUUAUUUUAUCAUUCAUUACAAAAAUUAUUUGAUGAAAUGGAUUGAAAGUAUUCUCCCUAGUAGUGGCUUUAAGUAAAAAAUAAAAUCCAGUUAAACUUUCAUUGAUUUUCUCAGGUAAACCAUUAAACCCUUAUAUUAUAAGAAGUUGUCUCUCAACAAUAAAAUUUGUUCAAAAUCAACAAUAAACACUUCCUUCUGUGUACCGGAAAAUCAGUGUCUUUAAAUAGUGCUUAAUAAGUAUUACCAAAGGAAAUCCAGUUAGAACUCAUAGUCCUUCUUUGUGUUAAAGUUGUCAAAAUCCUACAAAAAUGGAGCUGUAAGACUUUCAAUCAUGAUAUCAUCACCAUUUUAUUCAGGGAAAACAUCAAUAUUUUGUUUAUAUAUAUACAUAGUGACAUUAUAAAUGUGACAAUGUUGACAGCAGUAGAUAUAUAUAAAUAGAGUGAAAUGGCAGAAUCUUGGAUAUUAUAUCAAGGAUAACAAAAAUAGAAAAAAAACUCAAAAUGUUAUUUUUGCUUUUUGUGAGAGAUUUAUAAAUAUUAAAAGUUUUACCUUGAUAGAGCUUGGUUUGUGAAAAUGAAAAAUAUUCUUGGAUUUUUUUAGACAGUGUUAAUCUUGUAUGGAUGAUUUAUUGUAUGUGUAUUAUACUCAAUAUAGGUUCACCAGAAUAACCUACUUUGUUGUGAAAUUUGUAUUUCAUUGAAUUUUGAUCUGUUCUGCUGCCAAAUAUUUGAUAUAAGUGAAAACCUGCUUACAUUCUAUCAUAAAAGGAAACAAUUUGGAUUCUUCUAUUUUGAAGUCAAUUUUCAGUGCUAUGUAUAAGAUAUCUUUUUGUUUUGGAAAAUCUAUAAUUCAUCACCAUACCUACAUAAUACUAAGUAGGUUUAACAAGGUUUAGACAUGUUGAUUGCAUGCUUUAUAAAACUAACAAUGUUUUUUACUGUCUCAAUGAUAAUAGAGAAACUAUCAAUGUCAAAUAUAAUACCAAAUAUGAUAUGUACAAUCUGUCCCAUAAAAAUUGCAAUUGGUUGCCAUGGUUUUUGAUUCAGAAUUAAAUUCUACAAAAAUCUGAUUUAUAUGUAUGUUAGAGUGUAAAAUGAAUUUGUGGAAUUGGUAAUUUCACUCUGAUGUUGAGUGCAUGUCAUACAAUAUUUAUUUGGUGAAGAUAGAACUGCUUGGUUUUAGUAGACAGAGGCGGUGUAAACGGUCACUUAUCACAUCAUUACAUUUACGAAUUGCUGUUGUGCUUUAAGAGAUCAGGUGUCAUAUACAGUCUAUUUGACCAUCACAAUUUUAAAUUAUUUUGUACAUUUGAUCAUGUAUUUAGCUGGAUAACAUUUAACUAUUUACACUGACAAAGUCAGUGUUGUCCAUGCCCAAGGGCCUAUUUAUCCUCUAGGAUCUGUUGACCUGCCCGUAUCGUGCCAGGCAAGUGUUGGAUUUAUAACAUGGAACUCAGUUUAGUUUCGUUUUAAUUAACAUCCAAUCAACAUCUAUGGUCAUUGAAGGACAGGAAAACGGACUUGGGAAGGCAGCGUGCUCUAUAAGUGACCCAGUCAGGUCUACCGACAGUCCUUGUCAGUCCUACAACACCACUCCGGUGUUGACUCCAUCUAACUGUUAAUGCUAUAUAAUUGCUCUGGCAUAUUUCUUAUCAAUGUUAUAAAAUGUACUAUUUUACUUCCCAUUAAGUUUUUAUUUUAUUUUUUAAAGAAAUGUAAAGUUUCGUUUAAUAACUGUAAUGAACUCCAGGAAAAAAGGAAUUCUAAGAUGGCGAGACCCAAGAGAAAAUGUGUGUUAUAAUGUUGGUGCUGUGUGAACUAAAUUGAUUCUUUUAGCGGUCCCUGCUAAAGAAACUUUUAAUCCUCCUAUCGUGUAAGUAAUAAAUGAAAAGUUCUAAUAAUUCAUUUUUCAUUUCCAUAAAUAGUUAUCAGCAAAUAAGCACCUGCCCACCAACAGCCCCUUUCUUAUAGCAUUGCAGAAUCAUCAAUUUCAAAAUAAUUCAAAACUAAAAAUAAGUCCUUCCCAAAAUUAAAUACCAAACUUUUACACAAGAGGAUGGGGUUUAUUUUAGGAUAAAUAUGGUACUAAAUUUUUUCUCAAGUUGAGAAGGCUUACUUGAAGAUCAGGUAAAUGUUUAUAUUCGGGGAAUGGCUUUAUUUGAAGAUAAAUGUAUCACAUAAUGGUAACAUACAUUAAAAUGUAUCAUGGAAAUUAUACAUCAGUGAUGAUCAUAAUGUAUAUUAAAGAUGAUAAAGUGUUUGUGAUCAUGUGUUAGAAUUUAUUUUGUGAAAAAAAAAUUGUUUUCUUUUGUAUUUGUACAAUAUUUUUAUACAUCAUGUACAUGUAAUUGGGCAAACCCUGUAACAGACGCCAUAUGCAUGUUGUCUGUUGACAGAAGACACAAUGCUCACGUUUGAAAUUUACUUAAGAUUUAUACAGAUUUCAGCUAAGAUUAUAUAAUUAUAUAGUUACAAUUAUAUUGUAUGAUUUGUACCAAGAUAUUUGCAUUGUUUUAAGAACCCAUCUGCAAUUGAAAUCAUUUACAGCCAUUUAACUAAAAGAAGUUUUGAGAGGAAUAAUUUGUCGCAAUAACAUUACUUAUUUGGAAUGGCUAUGAAAGAUGUGGAAUAUCUGAAAGUCUCUUGUUUCUGAAUAAUACUGAUACAUGGCAUAUAAAUGUAAUACUUCAGCUCAACAUGUUAGAGGUUCAACACCAAAAAUGAAAUUUGACAGUUGUUGUGUAACCUCUUAGAGGUCACAGUCAACUUAAUAACGUCAGAUAAUAAAUCGGCCGAUCAUCAUGUUAUAAGAGUACUAUAUGCCAUAAUUCCUACAGUUAAACCUCACUAAUAUGUUACUCCCCAACAUACUACAUAGCCUCCUUUUACAUUUUUGUAUUCAUUUUUCACAUGAUGUAUCAUCUUUCAUAAUACCCAAGUACAUUGUACAAGUGUACUAGACAUAGCUGUAUGUUGGCAAUAUAACAAGGUUUUAAUGUUGUAUGGAGUUGACUGCCUAACGAUGAUACAAAGCUACUGGAGUUGGGCCUUUGGUAGUAUGUAUUUGACGAAGACUUCACACUGUAGUGUAGAUAUUCAGAUUUGUAAGUUGACUAUUUCUACAACUUGAGCCGUUUCUGCUGAGAAAGCUAACAUGAUGUAUCACAGAUAUUUAAAGAAUUACAAGUCCGUAAUUUUUCCUACUAUGAUUUGUACAUAGAAUUUGUACAUAAAUAUAUUUGUGACAAAUUAUCACAUAGUAGCGAUUCCAAGUCAGAUUUCAUUAGGUACAGACAUUUUGGAUGAAUGUAUGGAAUGAGAGAGAGUACCUGCUUUGCUUACAGUUAAAUGAUUACUGGAUGUACAUAUCUAUAAUUGUUGGACACCUUUUUUUUGUAUUUCUUGAUAUUUGAGGAUUUCUUUUGUUGAAAAUGAAACCAGUUGUUGAAUAAUAAAUCUUGACUUUGUGGAA